UUUCCUAUUCCUCUUAGUUGAAGAAACUCAAAAGCAAGCAUGUAAUGUAUUAUUCAUAACAUAACAGAAAGAAAAAAAGUACCAACAAGUUCUUACCUCAAAAAGCUUCAUCUAACAAAAUGGAAGAAGAAAGAGGCAGUUACAAGAACAAGAGUUUGUUAUUAUCAAAAGGAAAAAAAGAAGACAUUUAUCAUGUACUUUACAAGGUUCCUUAUGGUGAUAGUCCUUAUGUCAGAGCCAAACAUGCUCAGCUGGUAGAGAAGGAUCCGGAAGCUGCAAUUGUAUUAUUUUGGAAAGCAAUAAAUGCAGGGGACAAAGUGGAUAGUGCUUUGAAGGAUAUGGCAGUGGUGAUGAAGCAAUUAGACAGAUCCGAAGAAGCCAUCGAAGCCAUCUCUUCGUUUCGAGGCCUUUGCUCCAAACAAUCCCAGGAAUCCCUUGAUAAUGUACUAAUUGAUCUUUACAAGAAAUGUGGGAAAAUAGACGAGGAAAUAGAUUUGUUGAAGCAAAAGCUGAAAUUGAUCUACCAAGGUGAAGCCUUCAAUGGGAAACUCACAAAGACUGCACGGUCUCAUGGCAAGAAGUUUCAAGUUUCUAUUAAACAAGAAACUUCAAGAUUACUGGGAAACCUGGGCUGGGCCUACAUGCAAAAGAUGAACUACGUGAUGGCCGAGGCGGUGUAUCGGAAAGCCCAAAUGAUCGAUCCAGAUUGUAACAAAGCAUGUAAUUUGGGUCUAUGUCUCAUUAGACAAGCACGGUAUGAAGAGGCACAGUUGAUUAUUGAUGAUAUAUUAAAAGGAGAACUUCCAGGUUCAGAUGAUAUCAAGUCAAAGAAAAGGGCUCAAGAUCUCUUAGAAGAGUUGAGAUCCUUGCUACCUACACCAUGUCCAUUGGAUAUUUUGGUUAUGGAUGAUGAGUUCAUUAAAGGGAUAGAACAGUUGAUGAAUGAAUGGGGUCCAGUUAGAUCAAAGAGACUUCCAAUUUUUGAAGAGAUUUCUUCUUGUAGAGAUCAAUUAGCUUGUUAAUUUUUUUAAAAAAAUUUGUACAUAGCUUUUUUUGGAUUGUGAAACUAGCUUCUUUUUUUGAUAGAUUUUUCUUUCUUUCUUUUCCAUAAUAGUGGAGGGUUUUAAUUUCAUUUUUUGGAAAGAGGUGUAUAAGAUAAGGUGUGAACUUUUUAAAUGCUUGUUUGAAAAUCACAUAGUCCUCAAAAGUGUAAGUUGAAGACAAUAAGGCAAUAUGUUUCUAGUUUCUUGAUCGAUUGACUCAUGGGUUGAUGUGAAAGUAUCACUUAACACCAUGAAUUGCAGUGAAUUUCACAAUGUAAAUUAUCAGUGAUGAGAAUAAACGUGUUUGAAAAGCUAUA